AGGGAAUCCCAAGGCGGGCGCGAGCUCGCCGCUCCCGUUCCGCCCGCUUCGGCCGAUAUAAAAAGAUGACUGUUGUUUGGACUGGCAUUGAGUGACCAGUGGGCGGUAACGGGCAAAUCCGAACGUCCUGCGCAGUUAGCCAGCCGCAGCGAUGUCGUCUGUGGCCGCCGUCCUGUUGGGCUGUCUGCUGCUGCUGGGGGCCGCGCUGGCCCGGCCGCAGAGUUCGCGGCCCCAGUGGCAGGUCCGCUCCACCUACUCGGGCACGCCCGGCUUCUACCGCGGCGGCGCCGGCACCGUCACCGCCAACCGCAGCGGCUUCAACCGGUUCGGCGGCAACACCCGUCUGACGUCACUCGGCUCCUUCAGUGGGGGCUCCACCCGCGGCACGGACACCUCCAGCGGCGGCAGCUCCUUCGGCAGCCAGUUUUUCAGGGAUCGGUUCAAGGCGAUCGAAAGCUCGUUCAACCGCUCCGCUUCCUCGGAAGACAGUGACUGAACGUUACUGACGUCCUACAGUGCAGGACAGCAAGAAAACGAUGUCUGAUGAGUGGUCUGGCAAGGCAACUGUUGCUUUCACCGCGGCGAAAAGGCCUCACAUGUAGGCGGAUGUGAUGUAUGUUUGAUGUAUGCGUUUUUCAUGCGCUUCACCUGUUAUUAAAGUGGUCUAGUGGGCUCGUGCCACCUCGUUUUCUCGCCUUUGUUAGAUCUCGCCUCGCCAAGGAUCAAAAAGCGAGGAAUUGCUGAUGUGUGUGUGGAUAAUGAACUUAUAUGCCGUAUUGUUGGGUGCAAAGGCAGAAUGUAUCACACCUCUCUGCAAUCGCCGAUGAUCAGCAGAUACUCCUCAGGGGCGCAGGUCGUUGGAAAUCACCAGCUGGCAUCAGAUUACGUGAUAGCGAAUGCAUCGUGUGAAUAGUUGAAUUGUUCAAAUGUAUUGGUAUGAAUAAAUGAUAUGUAUCCAUU